AUGUCGCUAGAUGAAGAAGCCCUUGAUGCAGUCGCCAAUGGCGGCUCGAUCGACCUAGAGAAGUGGGCAGGGAUAGUCGCACCGCUGCUGGAACGGUUGGAAUAUAAUGUCUACAAUGUCUUUCCCAUGCCAAAGGUGCCACCAAGCUCCUACAACCCACAGCCGUUCCUCCCACCCUCCGAGGCCAACGCAGUCCCAGAGAGUAGCAACAAGGAGAAUACUGCUCCUGAAGACCCUCAACCUCCCCAGCAACCAGAGGCAACAAUUGGCUCGCCGCCCUCGAGUGAGCGUGUGCCGGAUUCCCAACCCCAGCCUUCCUCUUCACAGACACACGACGCUCUUCCCCCACCGCUCGCGCUGCUCCUAAGAUCUAUACGCUCGUCCAUCCAGUCAUUCUUUGUGGCAAAGCCACCACACACGAUCCAGAGACUUGCGGAGCUCAUUCUUCGGCCAACUGCCCACUAUAAGACAUUGCCUGCUUAUCUACGAGCUGUGGAUCGCGUAGUGUCUGUGACUAGUGGUGCCGAUGUCUUCCCUUUCAGUGCUCCCUCUAGCGCCAUUGCCCAGCCGAACGGGCUCGUACAUCCUACCAAUAGCGCCGGGGCCUAUCUGACACCUGACUACACUUCUGGAUUGGGAAGUGAUGAGUCUCUUGGAGGAGCUCUUCUUACGCCAAUUCCAUGGUUGACCAGCGCUUCUUUAGAGGGUGUGGACAGUGGUAUAGUGGAUGAACAAGGAAUGACAAUCAUCCCGCCGCCAGAGGUCGGAACCGCAACGAGGGUGACAGCUGAAGGCGAGGAAGAGUCCAAAACGGCUUCUGCUUCGCCGCCAGCAGAUGCAUCAGAGGAAAUUCCCCAUGCCCGGGGUCCGCCGGUUGUGGGUGUAGAGGAUCUAGGAUUACAGGAUGGAAUGGGCGUUGAGAUGAACCUGGGCGAGGAAAUUGCUCAGGACGGGACAUCUGAUCUAUCUGCCACGGUCCCCAAUCCAGCCGAUGGUGAAUCAGGUUCUGCCGACAAGGAUGGUGAUAUCGUACUUGACGAUACCACACCCAAGGCGAACACCAAAGCAGAAGAUACGACAGCUGCAGCACCCCAGAUGGGCGAUGAGACAUCCGAGACAGCGGGUGAUUCUGGUCCAGCUCCGCGGACCGAGAAGGAAGAGUGA